GUGCGGUCGAAAAUUUACUCAGAUUGCUAUGAAUACUGCAAUUGCACAAAUAUGCGGUUAUAAAUUUACUUCGUUUACUACUGGUUUACUUCAGUAGCAAUAAUUAUUGCGACUGCGCAUGCGCCUGGUCUUACUCAAUUUACUGAAAUUGCUUCUGGAAAAUAGGUGGUAAAACGUGAGUAAAACUGAAGUAAACGAGUGAACAGCUGAUUUUGACAUUUAAACAUGGCGGUGAGCACGGAGGUUAAGGAAUUAAUUUUAGUAGACAAUGAAAAUAAAGAAUAUACGGUUUUGCUUAGCUCUCAAGACCACGCAAGAGCUCUUAAUGAUUUAACAUUUGCUUCAGCAUUGUUGAGGCAUGCUAUCUGCAACCAAAAGGUAAACAAAACCCCGAGUGCUUCUCCAAAUGUGGUUAAUAUUUGUCAACCUGGUACUUCUAUUAACCCAACUCCUAAUGUAGUUGACGAAAAUCAAGAGCUACCAAACGAUGAAAAUCAGCCAUUGUCACCGCUAAGCGAUAAUUCUGACAAUAGUGAAGAAUAUUUAGGCCGCUGGCCACACGAAGCUAUUCUAUUAUUAUUAGAUACAUAUUAUGAGAAAUGUGACCAGCUUUUAAGGGGAAAAGUGAAGCCAAAACCAUUUUGGGACGAUAUUGCUAGAAUAAUAAAUUCCCAUGGAUAUAAAGUAAGUGGGACACAAUGUCGCACCAAACUAGCGACACUGAAGCGACAGUAUAAAAAAAUAAAAGACCACAAUAACGCUUCAGGUAACGAACGCAGGGAAUGGAUUUAUACAGAGAAAAUGGAUGAAUUAUUCAGCAAUAAACCUUGGGUAGAACCAGUUGCAACAGCGUCUUCAGAUGGUGGUAAAGAAAAUGUAUUCCAAAGUACAUCAUUUUCUACACCAGAACCUGUACAAUCACCUCUACCACAAAACGUCAAAUCCAAGAGGGUGGUUGAUCUUCUAGCAAAAAUUCGAGAGGAUCGCCAGAGGCAUCACGAUGAACGAAUGUCACAACGAUCAGAGGCAAUGGAGUUAUUAAGAAGCUUAGUAGAUAGUGUAAAAAAAAAUCCUGAUUGAUUUUAAUAUCAUCAUAAUGUAAGUUGCAAUAGUGUAUUAUAGUAUAAAAAAAUAUACAUUAGU